AAACCAAACCGUCCCUCGGUCGUCUUGUCGGAAACAUGGCGACGUUCAGUAAAUAUGUGACGGCGAAAAACUCCUCCAUAGCGGGCGGUAUGUUGCUGGUUUUAUACUUACUGAAACGUAGAAGACGGACGAACCACAAAGAAGGUCGUAAAGGAGCCUCAGAUAAAGCACUGAACACUGUAAAAGAUGGCAAAAAAGACCACGCAGUGGUGGACGGUGAGUUCGUCCACCAAAUCCUCCAGAUCGUGCGGAUCAUGGUGCCUCAAUUCUUCUGCAAAGAGACCGGCUACCUCCUCUUGAUCGCCGCCAUGCUGGUGACCAGAACCUACUGCGACGUCUGGAUGAUCCAGAACGGCACCAUGAUCGAAAGUGCGAUUAUCGGUCGCUCGACAAAAGAUUUCAAGGCCACCUUGUUCAGCUUUAUCAAAUUCAUGCCACUUAUCGCCUUGGUGAACAACUUCCUGAAGUUGGGUCUCUUCGAGCUGAAGCUGAGGUUCCGUGAGCGGCUCACGAAGAACCUGUACGACCAGUACCUGCAAGGUUUCACCUACUACAAAAUGGGAAACCUGGACAACCGGAUAGCCAACGCAGACCAGCUGCUCACACAGGACGUGGAGAAGUUCUGCAACAGUGUGGUGGACCUCUACUCCAACCUCAGCAAGCCGCUGCUGGACAUCGCUCUGUACACCUUUAAGCUGACCAGUGCCAUCGGUGCUCAGGGCCCGGGCGCCAUGAUGAGCUACCUUGUGAUCUCGGGACUCAUCCUCACCCGACUGAGGAGGCCCAUCGGCAAGAUGACGGUCAUGGAGCAGCGGUACGAGGGCGAGUACCGCUUCGUCAACUCUCGCCUCAUCACCAACAGUGAGGAGAUCGCAUUCUACAAUGGAAACCUCAGGGAAAAGCAGACCAUCUACGCCACCUUCAAGAAACUGGUGGACCACCUGCAUCACUUCAUCUUCUUUCGCUUCUCUAUGGGAUUUGUGGACAGCGUCAUCGCCAAGUACCUGGCCACCGUGGUGGGCUACAUUGUGGUCAGCCGGCCCUUCCUCACCCCGUCACACCCCCGACACCUGCACAGCACGCAGUCUGACCUGCUGGAGGACUACUACCAGAGCGGGAGGAUGCUCCUCAGGAUGUCUCAGGCGUUGGGCCGGAUCGUACUGGCCGGCCGGGAGAUGACCCGUCUCUCAGGAUUCACGUCUCGCAUCACAGAACUCAUGAAGGUUCUGAAGGAGCUGAACGCCGGAAAAUACGAACGCACCAUGGUGACCCAGCAGAAGAAAGAGAAGAUGGUGCUUGUUCCUGGGAGCGGUCGCGUGAUCAACAGAGACAACAUCAUCAAAUUUGAACACGUGCCCCUAUCAACGCCCAACGGAGACGUGUUGAUCAAAGACCUCACCUUCGAGGUGAGGUCCGGCACCAACGUUCUGGUGUGCGGCCCAAACGGCUGUGGGAAGAGCUCCUUGUUCAGGGUGCUCGGAGAGCUGUGGCCUCUGUUUGGAGGAAGCCUGACGAAGCCUGAGAGGGGGAAGCUCUUCUAUGUUCCACAGCGGCCGUACAUGACGCUCGGCUCGCUGAGGGACCAGGUCAUCUACCCCGACACGCACGAGCAGCAGCAGAGGAAGGGCAUCUCUGACCAGGUGUUGAAGGAGUACCUGGACAACGUGCAGCUGGGUCACAUCCUGGAGCGCGAGGCCACCUGGGACUCGGUCCAGGACUGGAUGGAUGUCCUGAGUGGAGGAGAGAAGCAGAGGAUGGCGAUGGCCCGUCUGUUCUACCACAAGCCCCAGUUUGCCAUCCUGGACGAGUGCACCAGCGCCGUGAGCGUAGAUGUGGAGGACUUCAUCUACAGCCACUGCAGGACGGUGGGCAUCACCUUGUUCACCGUGUCCCACAGGAAGUCUCUGUGGAAGCACCACGAGUUUUAUCUGCACAUGGACGGGAGAGGAAACUACGAGUUCAAGCCCAUCACGGAGGAGACGGUGGAGUUUGGAUCAUAACCGAUGAAACCACCACCGGUCCACUGACGGUUUGCACUGGAGAAGUCAUAGAAAUUAAUGUUUUUAAUCAUGUGUUUUCUUUGUUUUCUGUUAUUUAAAACAUCACUUUUGAGUCCAGUCUAAUCAUGAAUCUAUUCAGAUUGUUAAAAAACAAAAUCAUGUUAUUUAUAUUGCCAACUUUCAGUGAAGGUGGAAAUAUACAACCUUGUUUUAAUCAUCUCUACUAUUAAUGUAGAGAUACGCCAGAUACCGCAGAAUAACAGCUCUUCUCUUGUGGUGACAUCGUACGAGUUAUGAGGAGGACGGGUGGGUAAAAUAUCAUUUUUGGCUCUUUUUAAAGAGGACAAAGGGUCAUAAAAGCUUCGUAGAUUAAGAACAACUAAUAUCCUGACAUCAUAAAACAAAGGGACCAUAACAAUGAGUCAUAAAUCCACACAGGGAAGGUUUAAGACGUCUGGUUGGAAGGUUUUGAGGGAAGAGUUUUGAAAAUAUGGACUCAGAAAGAGAAAGAAAAACCAUUCGGAAACCCCCAGUGUCAUGUACUGGUGAGCUGAGGGCUCCCCCUGGUGGUGAACAUGUGUAUUACCACCAGUGUCAUGUACUCGUGAGCUGAUGGCUCCCCCUGGCGGUGAACAUGUGUAUUACCACCAGUGUCAUGUACUCGUGAGCUGAUGGCUCCCCCUGGCGGUGAACAUGUGUAUUACCACCAGUGUCAUGUACUGGUGAGCUGAGGGCUCCCCCUGGUGGUGAACAUGAGUAUGACCACCAGUGUCAUGUACUCGGGAGCUGAGGGCUCCCCCUGGGGGUGAACAUGUGUAUUACCACCAGUGUCAUGUACUCGUAAGCUGAGGGCUCCCCCUGGUGGUGAACAUGUGUAUUACCACCAGUGUCAUGUACUCGUGAGCUGAGUGCUCCCCCUGGUGGUGAACAUGAGUAUUACCACCAGUGUCAUGUACUCGUGAGCUGAGCGCUGCCCCUGGUGGUGAACAUGUGUAUUACUCGGCUCUUUUAAACAUUCCACCUGCAACAUGUGCGAAAUGAGAUUUGAGCUUUUCUAUAUUUUGUGAUUUCGGCUCUAUUGACCAAACUGUUGUGGAGGUUCUGAUCUUUAUGAAUUCUGAGCAGCAGCAGGCGCUCACAUGAAGCAUGUCGACCCCGUCUCACUUUUGAGUCAAAAGGCUCCACCAAUGGACUUUGAGAGAACGCGUGGCUUCGUGCAGCAGCGCUGAGCGUUAAUCCAACGAGUCAGAGGCGGGUUAUGAUUUUAUUGAAUAAACACGAGGAGCUCUAACGAAGAGGAAACACCUCCGAGUCGUUUCUCUCUCAAUUCUAACGGUUAUUAAAAGUAUUCACUACACAUCAGCGUUUCUCUUCUAAAGGUUCUCUGAGAUUAAAGCUGUAAUAUUUGACUUUCUGUUGACCUGCAGUUUGAAACGAUGACAUCUGAUUGGUUUUUAAAGGUCACAUGCUUGUUGGCCAGCUGGGGUUCAACUGACUUGUUCAUGAUUCCUGAAAUUGUAUUUCAAAGGGCAAUUUGUAAUUAUCAGUCAUUUUUCUUAUCCCGUUUUUUUUUUUAAAGUUAGAAUUAUGUCGAUAACUAAUUUUUACACGAGCUCCAUGAAGCUAAGGACUGGGUCUAACGUGUGAUGAUAACCACUGGAACAUUAAUAUGUCGACUCCGCCGCUCUCUGACGGUGAACAUGUACAGAAGCAGUUUUGGGAAUAGCUAAUAAAGCUGUAAUGACCUCACUCUGCAUUAAAAUAACAUCCUCAAGAUAUCUUCUUUCUUCGUGUGUGUGAAAUAUCCGAUCAUUAGUCAGUCGCUUCAUAACGUCAUUGUUUAUAAAUAAACAUUCUCCACGAGCUGGAAUUCAUGUUCAUUGUUAUUAAAGAAUAACUAAUUUCAA